AGAUUGCAAUCUUCACGUGGUCCACCCUGUUUCGACAAUGCAAUCAACCUGGCGUGCACAAAUAGAAGAUCAAACAGAACAAGUUGUCUUCCAACUUUAGGCUGUGCACGCCAUACGCAAGAAGAAGACCCUGGUGCCAUAGACUCGUUUUGUGGUGCUUCUUGUGUGGUGGUUUGCCGUUCAGAAGCAGCUGUUGAGUAACCUGAUCUGCUGUAACGUUAGAGUGCAGCAUUGCCUUCUGGGGGUCGUUGUUUAGCUUUUGAUGGUUGACCAAGCUCUCUUACUGUUGUCUCUUACUGGCAUUUGCCUGAGGAAAUUAUGAAUGGUUUAAUGUAACAGCAACAUUUCCCAAGAUAAACCGACCUAUAUGAGGAAAACUGUUUGCAGUGGCAAAAAUGACUAUAAUCAGACCACAUCGUUCGGAUAACUAGCAGAAAAACCAGAGGAGAGCUGAGGAUCUUUGUUAAACCAGCGGCUAGGUCUGGUAUUCCUUUGUUAAAAAGAAACAGCUUCAACGAUCAUUUUUCGAAAUAACUAAAACGAUCAGUUUGAAGAAGAGUCCUGACCCGAAGUGACGUCCGUCCAUUUCCCUCCACAGAUGCUAUACGACCAGCUGAGUUCCUGAGGGUUUUUUCUUUGAUCAAGAUUCCCACAUCUGCAGAUUCUUGGGUCUCAGUUUUCUGAAGAGAAUUAGCUGAACUGUUAGGAAAUAGGAGUAAACUAACGUUAAUUGGAUGGCAAUUAUAAAAUGCUUGCCAGCGGUAGGAUGGAUUGAAUUGUCUUAUUCCGCGUUAUAUUGUUGUGUGCGUCUGCAUCAAAUAUCUGACAUGCCAUUUCACUAAUAUACGGAGGAGGGGGUGGUUCGGAUUUCAUUCUAUAUUUAUUUCGGAGAUCCUUUGUAAUGUUUUGUUUGCAUCUUAGAAGAUGCUUCUGGGACGGAUGCAUUUUCCAGUAAUGCUUCGAGAGGCGAAACAGAAGGGGCGUUUAAAUAAACAAAUGAACCGCAGCAGCCCACCGGCAAUGACUGCGAAUGAUUCUCUGACUGGACAGAUUUGUCGACAGACAUUCGGUUGCAAAGAACCUCACAGUGAAAGAAAAAAGGGGGGACGAAGCUGGAUAGGGGGCUGGGGGGUUGCAAAUGUAAAAGGCGAGAGCGGCAGCGGGAGCCGAUGCGUCCUGUGCAACAGAGCUCCCGCUCCGGGCGGUCGCAGUGAGAGCGUCUGAAUGAUUCAAAUCAGAAAUAUUGAUUUCUCCAACUUCAAGUAAACCUUGCUCUCCCGCUCUCUCCGUCCCUCUCCCAUCCUGGUUCUCUGACUAGAUUCACGCUCCUCCUGAUUAUUCUUACUCAUUGUCACCUUCCGCUCAGCCAACAAUGAACCAUUUUACAUUUUUUUUUUGCUUUGAUCUGUUUUUACACCUUACCUUUUCCAUAUCUCUAGUUUCUCUCUCCCUUGAUCCUCAGUCUGAAGAGGUCUCGACCCGAAAUACCAUCCACUCCUUCUCUCCAGAGAUGCUACCUGACCCGCUGAGUUACCCCAGCUUUUUGUGUCUAUCUACAGUUGUAAAUACUGACCUUUCUGUCCUGGGCCUCUUCCAUUGUCAGAAUGAUGCCACAUGCAAAUUGGAGGAACAGCAUCUCAGAUUUCGCUUGGGCUGCGCCUCCGUUGGUCUAUGCAAUAUUUAGCGGGGAUUCUGAAGAAGUACGGGUGUUAAUUUAUAAAACGGAAGAUGUCAAUGCUUUGGAUUCGGAGAAACGGACACCACUGCAUGCGGCUGCAUAUUAUGGUGAUGCUGAAAUUAUUGAGCUCCUCAUACUUUCAGGAGCUCGUGUUAAUGCGAAGGAUAACAUGUGGUUAACUCCACUGCAUCGUGCCAUUGCUUCACGAAAAGACGAAGCAGUUCGAAUUUUGAUCAAGCACUCCGCUGACGUCAAUGCUCGUGACAAAAACUGGCAAACACCCUUGCAUGUGGCUGCUGCCAAAAAGGCAAUUAAGUGUGCAGAAGCAAUCAUUCCUUUGCUUAGUAGUGUCAAUGUAUCUGAUAGAGGAGGCAGGACAGCCUUGCAUCAUGCUGCACUCAAUGGACAUAUAGAGAUGGUAAACCUCUUAUUAGCGAAAGGCGCCAAUAUUAAUGCUUUUGAUAAGAAGGACAGAAGGGCCUUGCAUUGGGCAGCUUAUGAGGGUCAUGUUGAAGUAGUUUCUUUGCUGUUGAAUCAUGGAGCUGAAGUUACUUGUAAGGACAAGAAAGGCUAUACACCAUUGCAUGCAGCUGCAUCUAAUGGACAGAUUAAUGUGGUAAAACUUCUGAUCAAUCUUGCUGUGGAGGCAGAUGAUCAAAAGCUUGGUCAAAUAGCUUUCAGGAGAAUCUUAAAACCGCAAAGGGAAAUUGGGAAGGAAAGAGGUUUGGGAAAGAAAUUCCAGCUCACACACAAGAUUGAUGAACCGAAUGCCUAUGGCAAUACGGCACUCCAUAUUGCAUGUUACAAUGGACAAGAUGUGGUUGUCAAUGAACUUAUUGAUUAUGGUGCGAAUGUGAAUCAGCCCAACAACAAGGGAUUUACUCCUCUGCACUUUGCUGCUGCUUCAACCCAUGGUGCUUCAUGUCUUGAACUAUUAGUAAAUAAUGGAGUCGAUGUCAAUGUCCAGAGUAAAGACGGCAAGAAUCCACUGCACAUGACUGCUAUCCAUGGCCGAUUUACACGAUCACAAACGCUCAUUCAAAAUGGUAGCGAAAUCGACUGUGUUGAUAAAGAUGGCAAUACACCAUUGCAUGUGGCGGCUAGAUAUGGACAUGAACUUCUUAUUAAUACCUUGAUAACCAGUGGAGCUGAAAUGGCACAACGUGGCAUUCAUGGUAUGUUUCCUUUGCACUUGGCUGCAUUAAAUGCACAUGCAAAUUGCUGCAGGAAGUUACUGUCCUCAGGACAAAAAUAUAGCAUAGUGUCAUCGUUUUGUAAUGAGCACGUGCUGUCUGCAGGCUUUGAAGUAGACACACCUGAUAAUUUUGGAAGGACUUGUCUUCAUGCUGCAGCUGCAGGAGGAAAUGUUGAUUGUAUAAAACUGUUACUGAGUGGUGGAGCAAAUUUCAACAGCAAGGACAAAUGUGGGAGGACUCCCCUGCACUAUGCAGCUGCGAAUUGUAAUUACCAAUCUAUCAUGAUGUUAGUAUCAAAGGGGGCUAAUAUUAAUGAAAUGGAUGAACGAGGUUGCACUGCUUUGCACUAUGCAGCAGCAUCAGAUAAGGACAGAAAAAAAAUAAAUAUCUUGGAAAAUUUAGAUGAAAAUGCUGAAGAACUUGAUGAUACCAAUGAAACAAAAGAGAAAGAGGCUUCAUUUUGUUUACAGUAUUUGCUUCACAAUGAUGCUAAUCCAACAAUUCGAGACAAGCAGGGUUAUAAUGCUGUCCAUUAUGCUGCUGCAUAUGGCCAUAAACAAUGCCUGGAGCUGCUUAUGGAAGCCACUCGGCACAAUUUUGAUGAUCCUGAUUCCACAGCUCCAAAGAGCCCAUUGCAUUUGGCUGCCUAUAAUGGUCAUUAUCAGGCACUUGAGGUGCUUAUUCUCUCCAUUGACGAUCUUGAUGUGAAAGACAUAAAUGGACGUACAGCUUUAGAUUUAUCAUCCUUUAGAGGUCACAAUGAAUGUGUUGAAGCCCUCAUUAAUCAGGGCGCAUCCAUACUAGUAAAAGAUGGUGUAGCGAAAAGAACCCCACUUCAUGCAGCAGUUUCUAAUGGUCAUACAACAUGUCUACGCAUGUUGAUUGAGGGUGUAGAAGGUUUGGAUGCAGUUGAUGUGACAGAUGGCAAAGGACAAACACCAAUGAUGCUUGCGGUUGCUAAUGGACACAUUGAUGCUGUGAUUCUGUUGCUCGAAAAAGGUGCAAAUAUAAAUGCAGCCGACAAGCAAGGAUGCACAGCUUUGCAUCGUGGGGUUGUUACCGGUCAUGAAGAAUGCGUUGAAACACUGCUGGAACAUGAUGCCUCUAUUCUAUGUCGUGAUUCCAAAGGGAGGACACCAUUACAUUUUGCAGCAGCUUGUGGUCAUGCAACCUUGUGCAACUUAUUGCAUGCAGCACUUUCUAUAAAUACGCUAUCAAAGUUAACAGAUAACCACGACUAUACGCCUUUGCACUGGGCUUGUUACAAUGGUCAUGAAAGUUGUUUGGAAGUUCUACUGGAACAAAAAGAACUUAGAAAAUUUUAUGGUACUCCUUUUACUCCUCUGCAUUGUGCUAUAAUAAAUGACCAUGAAAAUUGUGCAGAAAUGUUAAUAGAAGCUUUAGGUACCACUGUUAUUGAUUCCAGAGAUGCCAAAGGAAGAACACCACUUCACGCAGCUGCUUUUACAGACCAUGUGGAGUGUUUGCAAUUGCUCUUAAGUCAUAAUGCACAAGUGAAUCCUGUCGAUAAUUCAGGAAAAACCCCUUUAAUGAUGGCAGCUGAAAAUGGACAAUGUGGAGCUGUUGAGAUCUUGGUAAACAGUGCAAAGGCCGAUUUAACUUUAAAAGACAACAACAAUAAUACAGCUCUUCACUUGGCAUGUAGCAAAGGUCAUGAAAAAUGUGCCUUGUUCAUCCUUGAGAAAAUAGAUGGUGCAGGUCUUAUUAACGCAACAAAUAAUGCACUGCAAACACCACUUCACAUAGCUGCAAAGAAUGGACUUAAAAAGGUGGUGCAUGAUUUACUAAGCAAAGGGGCAAAUGUUCUUGCUGUGGAUGAAAAUGGUCAUACCCCAGCCCUGGCUUGUGCUCCUAACAAAGAUGUGGCUGACUGUCUGGCACUCAUUUUGGCUACCAUGAUGCCUUUUUCUCCUCCCAGCACAAUGACGUCCUUCAGCAUCAGUCUAAUAAAAAAUGACUGUUUGAACACACCUCUAUCCUAUGAUUCCCCUAAUACGGGUAGCAAUAUUAAUUCUCUUAAUAAGGAGUUGUAUAACAAUGUGGGGAAAAUGGAUAGGUGUCAGGAAGAUGAUGAUGAAAAUGAUUCGGACUCUGAGACUUUCUGAAUUGUUUUAGCAACCUUACAUGGAAAAAAGCCUAACACUUGGCUUGUUACUCAGUUGAAGGAUUACAGAUUGAGCAAUCAACCACUGCAUACUUUUUUUAAAAAAGCACUUAAUAAUAAAAAGGCACUUUUCUUACAGGUUUUAGGAAAUGGAAUCGUAAAGUAUUGAUUCAUAAAGUGGAUUGUUGAAUAGGGCAAGUGAUUUGCUAUUGCUCAAAUUUGCCAGAUAUUUGGCAUUGCCUCGGAGACAUUUUAUGCAAAGUGGUGAUUCUUGGGCACCAAAAAAAUGCUGCAUGCAAUAACUGUAGAAAUUCAUGGGGAUCUGUCACAGGAUGCCGUAUGUUCAUUGCCAGAUCACUUGCCCUAUGAAUAGGAUUUAAUUUUUUUUUCCAAAUCAGCACAAACAUGCAUUUGCACUUCAGUAAAAACUUGCGGUUAUAGAGUUGUUAGGGAUUAACUAUACACCUGAGCCGUUAACUACUGAUAAACAAUGAAUGAACUUUUCCAGACUGCAGUGUAAAGUAUUCAUAAAUUCCAAUAGGACUUGAUGACAUCUUUUUACUUCAAAUAUACCAGCAAGUUUAGACUAGUGUUCAAAUAGCAGAUUGUGGUAUUUUGUACAUUUUUAUAUAGCCUCAAAGGCUGCCUUUAAAGAAUGCACAGCAAUUUUGUUGAAAUCUACCCACCUGUAGGAUGAAGAGAAAGUAACUGCCAUAAAGAACAGUUGUGAUAACGUCUGCUUCAUCUGCCAAAGCUUAUGUGUUAAAUGGAGCCAUUCUCUCACCUGUGACAGGACCGCAGCAGGUUAAAUGACAAUUUGUAAAAUAUCUGGCAAGCCAUGCCAAAUGGACCAAAUCUGCCACUGAUUGAGACUGUUGCUGUCUUUGUUCUAAGAUUACAGACUUUUAAAAAACUCAUCUACUUCAACAGCUACAUUGAAGUAGCCCGUUUCAGUAAAAAUGCAGUAUUGAAAUGCAAAUAAAAUAUAUUUCACUUGGGUCAAUUCACAAAUUGUUGGAUUAGAAAUAAGCAAGAUAAACUUUUAGAAUUAUUUGCAAAUAUUCACGUGAAUCUAUUGUGCAUUCAAUGCAACCUUCCUAUUUUAACUAAAAGCACUGAAAAGAUUUCAAGAAACCUUAAUAUCUUAUAAUGGUCAUUCAGUUAUAACCGUUACAAGCAGUUAAAUUCCAGAAUAGAGACCUCUGAUAUGAAAUUGCUUUUAAGCAAUAAAUAUCUUAACACAGUAAAGCACUGAAAAUGAAGGAAAAAGGUCAAACCCAAUGGGUUUAUGUAAAGAAAAUGCUGUUUGUUAACCAAUUUUAAUAAAAGUUGAAAGCUGCAAAAUAAUUUACAAACUACAUGGUUGCUUUUUCCCCCACUCAAAUGAAAUUGACUGGUCUUUUCUUUGUACUGUUUUAUUGUUUGUCUUAUUUAGUAAAUCAUUGGAAUGCAAAAUUAGAACAUUUUUAAUGUAAAUUUGAGCAAUUAUUCAUGUACUUUAAAACUUUUUAUAGUUUUUAAUAUAAGCCUAGAAACAAGAACGGUAGAGUAAAUACUGGAAGUUAGAUAUCAGUAGUAUUGUGAUUGGCAAUCCUUGUAGCAAAUGUUUCAUUUUAUUUUUCUUAAGUUCGAAUACUAUUUUGGUUUUCUUGCAUUAUAAAAUAGUUAGUGCCUUUCUGCCCGUGUGUAUUUUCCAGAUAUUUUCCAAGCAUCUUAACAUCUUGUAGAAUCUUGCUAAUUGAGUAAUACCCAAGCAAUAAUGUUAAUUUAGAUUUCAAAAUUAACGAUGAAUGUAAAUUUUUUUUAAAGGUCCAAAAGCAUUUGAAUGAGGAAUGGUUUGUUCAUAAAACCAUCAAAUGGACUUUUUUUUUGCAGUGUUGUACAAGUUUUAAAAGUGAUGUCGUGAUUCAAAGACAUAGUUCAUCACAAAUUGAUAUUUGGAAAAGGGCAUUUAUAAUUUAGACAGUCUGACGGUGCGUAUUUUAAAACCAUAGAAAAAAAUUACCUGUGGAAGCUUGUAACAUCUAUAAGAUGUUUAAUUUUAUAAGAUGUUUAAAAAAAAAGCCUAUAACAUCUAUUUGGUAAUCUUGUCUACUUUUAUGCUUUAGCAUGUGCAAUAUGUCUUGUUACAGUACAGUAUGGUAUCAUGAUACAGUGACAGUGUUAUGUUUUAUGCAGUGAAUAUGAUCCAAUUUAGUGAAAAUGAAAAUGUUUGUUGGAAGCAGUAGUCUAUUGAAAUGUUAUGUAUUUGGUUAUAUUUCUACAGUUAAGUAUGAGGUAUAAAGCUUAAGACAUUUUUGGCAUCAAGACUGUCAACGUAUAAGAAGGAAACCCAAAACGAUCUAAAUCCAGCCUGUACCUUAAGCACACUUUACUAUUUGACUUUUGUGAACUACUGAAUGCUUGUGAUGUAUAGAAAUACCGAACUGCAAACUACUUUUUAAAAAAAAGCAUUCAGUUGCUGUAUAUUUUAAUGAAAAUAAAGGGUACAGAUGCUGAUGCA